AUGGAUGCAACAUCGCACGCUUUUCUAGGCGCGUGCCCCUUUCGAAGCCACGAGAACCCGUACGAACAGACGAAGACCAUCUGGUCCAACUGGGCGGGGCAGAAGUCGGAGACCGUCGCGGAUCCGCUCCCUUUGACGUGUUCGCAACCGAUUCCCUUGGCGCUUCUCCAGCAGUGGAAGUAUUACUUUGCUUUCUGCAGUGGCAUUGUAGCCCAAAAAGUGGAUUGGCGUGACGUGUUUGUUUACAUGAGUGAUGCCUCACCAGCUGCAACGUUGCCUCUCUCGCUUGACUCCUCCAGCGCGGCCACGGCAGCAAUGAUGGAAGGGGCCGCAGACCAUGUUAGGUGUGAUAAGAAAAACCCAUUGUCCGCGACAGCGUCUGCGUGCCGACGUUCUGUGAUGUUUUUAAUGAAUAAACUAGCGGGCGAUUGUGAAAGACGUUUUGGAGCAUGUGCAUUGCGUUUCCAUCAUCAAUGGCUUCUGCGAUGGACCAAAAUGUUGGCGCAGUGCAUCACUUGGCGUUUGUCCCAUGUCUCCAAGAAAGGAGAGUCCGUGCCACUGAAGGAACUGCGGUGCUAUCGCUUUGUUUUUGCUUCCAGAGCAAAGGAGGUUCUUGGGGCAGAGGCUUACGUCCGGGUACUACUUGAACACUUGGAAGCGGAGGAGAAGAAGGAACUACAGAAUUCAUGCAGUGCUGAAGAUGUUGCCAGUCUCUCUCUUACCCAGACUGCUGCCUUAACUUUAACACUUACUAUGACGUUCACGCCUCUGCGUGUUACUUUUCUUUCACUAGCGCAGUGUUUUCCUGCCCUGUCGGCACGUGCCCUGGAGUCACUCUGGGCAGACGAUUUAUGCAUUCCAUGCAAUGUUUUGAAUCCACACCGUAUGCCGGAGCAGGUACGUCGCCGUGUGGUGGCGUCUUUAAAUGAUACACAUGGUGAUAUUGACGGCAAGUCCGCUUUAGCUGGAAGUGGUGGUUGCCGAAUACACUCCGCCACAUUGGGGGUAGUCUUGGAAGAUGGCAAUCCGGUGAGGAGGGGAAGUGGGACAAAUCCCAUCUUGGGGAUUGUUGCGCCUGAAGCUGGGCCUCUGCAAUUGGUGAAGCCCCACCAGUUGCCUAGCGUGGUAUAUUUACUUGAAACUGUCGGAUAUGUGAUGCUGACAAAGCUACGUUGUUCUUUGGUGGAGAAGUGUUACUACGCACUUCCCUUCCUUGCCGAUUUUGUCGCCCUGGGAGCACUACUUAAAAAGGCACUGCUUUCCCUUGCAGGGCCCUCGGCAGCUUCGGCUUCAACACUCUCCCAAGCAGGGAGCUUCACCGAGGCAUUAAGCAUGGGCUUGACGCCGAUGCUACUUCAAGCUCUAUUAGAAGCCACAGAGGAUUUGUACGCCAGGGCAGUGGAUGGCAUUCUCAAUGGCUAUUCAAGCAAGACGAUGAAGCAUGUCGUGGAAUUUUGUGGUCGCAGCGGAACCGACGUAGUGUCUCGAGCGGUAGUGGGCGUUCUGGAGAGAGUUGUGGAGCCGACCCUCGAGGUCUUGCUUCUCCUUUUUGGCCAUGAUUUCUCGUCAAAAGAUGACUGGCACCUUGUCGACUUCGUUGUUAACAUGCUUAAGGCCGUGCUGAAUGAAAAGAUGGAGGAGAUGGGAAGCCGGUGCAGGAGUGCCCCUCUUGCCUCGCUGCAGUGUCAUGCGGAUCAUGCCUUGCUGAUUAACUACAUCGACGAGCACCCCUUGCUACAACAACGUGCCUCCGUAAUGUAA